GCUCAGCCAUCAAAGUAACAUUCACUCUCCGGGACCAGGAGGGCCAUCAGUAUCCCGUCCAAGAUUAUCAGACAGUCACCAGUUACAAGAGUUCCAAGACCCCCAACUCGCGGCUGGUCCUGAAAUCGCAGACAUUCGCCUAUCAAUACAAAUUAUCGAUUUGCAUCUCAACAGCAACCAUUUUUACGUACCUUCAGCUACUCAAAUCAUGUUCCAUCCAUAAAUAGAAACAGAGCAGCAUGGGCGAAAUUCCUCUUGCCGGACCAUCAAGACCUCGGCGGAGGAAUAAUACGGAAUCCGACGGCAUAUCGAUCAGAGUCGCAGCUUUACAAAAACAAAAUGCUACUCUCGUCGGUGUUGCUGCCAAUGAAAGCGGGAAAACUAGGCCACCCCCAGCAUCUCCUUCAAGAUCGCGUCCGCAUUCAUCAUUGCCGUCUCGACCUGAUAUCGAUGAUGAUUAUUAUCGAGGUAUUUCUGGCCCAAUGCCAUCAAGCUUGACUUCAAACUUGGAAUUCAACGAUGCCGAUGGACUGGGUGUCGCUGGAUCUUCCAGACCCCGGCGGAAAGAUUAUGCAGCCGUGAAUGGUGCGUCUAGCAGAGCCGCAACUUUGCCAAAGCAUGGUGCCGCUGUCAAGGACGAAGGCGAAACGCAACAGCUUCCAACGUCCCCCUCAAGACCCCACUCAAGACCCCACCCAUCCUUACCCACCCGUCCCAGAAGAGACAAUGAAUUCUCUCGUGGUGCUUCCGGAUCAUCUACGAACAAGGUACUAUUUGACCCCACAAAACUACAUGAAGUACGGAGAGUGGAACCGGGCAGUACAAAGAAAUUAUUCGACCCCGUAGCACAUGAUCCGCGUUCAUUCACUUCUCUUGCAACUCCUCCGUCAUUACCAGACACAGAGUCUGCGCCAUCGACCAGCACCACAGCUAAACGGCUAUUACGUCGUGCUGCUCCUGGCACUGGAAGUGGCUCCGGGCAAAGUGGGAGUAGCAAGCAUACCUGGGAGAUCGACGCUGAUAGAGAACGAGAAAGGAGACGCCGUAGAGAAGGGAGUGAAAGGGGCAGCACAUUAUCGGGGAAAAAGAAGGACAGUGAUGCAAGAAGCAAAGGAUCGAAGAGCAGUGAAGGGAGUGAGAGCUUCAAAGAUAGGGAAAGGGGCAAGGGCAAAAAUGACACUGGCGUCAAGCCAAUCUUGAAGAAAAUACAUGAUGAAAUCAAAGAGUUGGAGCAGGAGCUUAUAGAAAUACAUCGUAAAAUGGCUCAAGAUCCGGAAGCUGGAAUUUCUGCUCUUUCCAGCCGCAAGAUGGACUCCAGAACCCCGAAAUCACCGUCCGACGAUGCUGUGGCUUGGGUACAGCUCAUAUCUAAACACAAGCAACUUGCAGAUCUCCAUGACCAUUUUUUAACAACUCUUUUUGAUCCGCUCGUCCCUUCAUCCUAUCAUCAACUUUCAAUUAAAUAUAACAUUCCCUCGCGUCUGUGGCAGACUGCAUUCUUCCUCAUUCUUGAGCAACUUCGACACGCAUGGGUAUCUCACCACCCUUCCGCUUUGGACCUGCUGACCGAUGUGGUGUACGAUGCUUACCGGUUUUACUCGGAGCUAUUGGAGAAUCAAGCAUUAUCAGGACUGAGAGGGGCGUGGAUCGAAGCGCUGGGCGACCUCGCUCGAUAUAGGAUGACUAUUGCUUCUCACGUCGCUGACAUCGACCCACGCAAAGAGACAGAGCGUAUUCGGGAUCAAAGGCAGGGCGCCGACGAUGACAACGACCAGGAUCCAGAAGGGAAACCACCAUUAUCAGGAGCAAGCAUCGGAGCAGAAGUUGCACAGAAUUGGGAUGUUGAAGAUAAAGAGACCUGGAGAGUAACUGCGAGGGACUGGUACACGAUGGGGAUAACCGAGAAACCUGGAGAAGGCAGGUUGCACCAUCAUCUGGCUUUACUGUGUAGGGACAUGAAGGGUCAGGAAGGAAGGGCGCUCCAUCAUUUUGUAAAGAGCUUGGUCGUCACCCACGAGUUCUCUACUUCCCGCGAGACUAUUCUUCCGCUAUUCGACACGGCUCUCCAAUCUCAGCGUUCCCUCCCUGAAGCUACAGCAAUGGACCUUUUCAUCCGCUUACACGGCAUGCUCUUUACCAGGAUCUCGCUUGAUUCCUUUCCCGAUGUCAUGUCUCGUUAUGUCGAGCGUCUUGAAGAAGACGCAAGGCUUGAUGGUGUCAGUCGGAAGGCCACAAUCAGCCAGGUGGACUGGAUGAUCAUGGGAGUAGUGAAUAUUGCAGGGGUUUUGCAAUACGGUUCAGCGUCUGGUAUUAUCAGAAAGGCAUUGGCUCAAGAAGGGGCUGAAAGAAGAAAGGCUCAAGCUCAGAACGCGGACGAUGAGGAAGGGGAAGAUGUAGGAGAAAACCUUGAAGAAGUCAACGGUAUUUCUAAAGAUACUGAACUCGUUUCUCUGCCAGCUUCCGUGGCUGAGAGUGAUUUGCCCAUCACAUUCACCCACGCUCUAUUCUUGACCUUUGCAGUUUUUGGGUUCAGCCUUGCACAUCCGAAUCGUAUUCAAGGCUUCCACCAAGUCCUCAACCCUUACAUCAUCAUUGUCCUGACUUUUCUUGCUACGCUGUUCCGUCAACCUCAUGUCGGUGUCCAUCUCUUGCCUUACGUCCCAUGGCAACUCCUAGCAGAUUUCAUCAAUUCCGCCAAUCUCUCGCUUGUAGAGGAAAAACGACUGGCAAACGGUGCUCCGCUACCUGAAGACUGGCUUAUAAGGGGUAGUGAGUGGGUCGGCCGACGAGUAUAUGAGCGUGGAUUUUGGAAAGGAAAAUCUCCUUCUGGUCGAGGAUCCAGUGGUCUGCUCCAAGCUCAGCCGCGUUCCGGCGAACGCUUCCAAUCGGAGAUGGACGUCCUUUUAUCCAACUUUGACGCGUCAGUUGACAUCCAGGAAGGUGUCGUAGACGAAGCGGAAGGAACCGACUUGACGGAUGGACCAGCGGCAGUAAACCAAAGGAGAUGGAAGAGAGUUGCCUGGGCGGUGGGAGUUUUGGCCAAGUCUGUUGAAGGAUUCGAAAUCAGGGAUGGCAAGGUGUAUGUGGAAGGUACAUUGCAAGAAAAGGUGAAGGAAAGAGAGAGAAGGAAAGAAGAAGAAGAAAGAAGGGAAAGGGAAGUGCUGGAAAGAAAAAGACAGGAAAGAGAAAAAGAAGAAAAAUUGCUAGGACUGGAGAUGGGCGAAGAGAGUGAUGACCAGGAAUUGGUCGACCUUCGAAGGAAACUGCAAGAUCUUAAAGCCCAAGCGGGCGUGCAAGUGUCAAGGAAAAGCAGAAAGGCGGCCUCGAACAUCUUGGAUGUCGUGGCAGGAUAUACUAUGUUAAUAUUUGAUACAAACAUACUGCUCGACUCUUUGGAGUUGGUCAACAGAAUUGUUGAAAGCGGUCAGUGGAGCGUGGUGGUUCCUCUUCCAGUGGUAACCGAGCUGGAUGGCUUGUCCAAAGAACAUGGCGCCUUGGGCGCUGCAGCUCGUGCGGCCGUUGCUUUGCUGGAAGAACGCAUACGUACACACGCCCUUUGCCUCAAGAUUCAAACCACUAAAGGCAACUAUCUCUCGGACUUGCUCAUCCGAACGGAACAAAUUGACUCCUCCACCUAUGCGUCUUCAGAGGCAAUCGCGCGCACUAUGGACGACAGAAUCGUCCACAUUGCGUCCUUUGCGCAAGAACAUUUCGUGGAUCGGACGAUCUUACUUGCGAUGCCGAGGCCGGAGAAAGGUGCGACGAAGGUAUUGUUGAUCAGUAACGACAGGAAUCUCAGGCUGAAGGCCAAGGCGAGGGGUGUUGAAGUUGCGAAUGAGAAAGAGUUGGGUGUUGUCCUUGCAAGAGUCUAGGAAACAAAGUGUAACAGGGAUUGCAGGCGAUCUUUUGGAUGGCCGGUGUAUAAUUUGUAGCCUAUAUUAUGCAUGUCAUAAGUGUAUCUGGCGAUGCGCUAU